UGAACUGUCUAUGAAUCAAAUAUUUUGUGAAUUGAAAGGGGGGAGGGGGGUAAUUUUAGAGAGAGAAAGUAUUAAGGUGGUCCAUAUGAAUGUCUUUAGGAGAGGUGACAAAGUAGGGUAUAUGAGCCUUGAUGCCCUAAUACCCAUGACUAACCCAAAAACAUCCAUAGCCAAUCACUUCCUCAAACCCCACACUGCACAUGUUUUUGUUCUUCAAGAACUCCUCAUAAAUACCCUCUCCGACCUCCACCAUUUCCACCACCACCUUUACACUCUCCUCUUCUUCUUCUUCCACUUUCAUCUAUCUUCUAUCAAACCCAGAAUAUAAUAUAAUAUAAUGGCUCUGAAGAAAACAGCGGCCCAGACAGCGGCCAUCAAGCAGAUCAUCAAGAGGUGUUCCAGUUUCGGGAAGAAACAACAUGGGUACGACGACGGCACCGGGCUGCCGCAUGAUGUCCCCAAAGGCCACUUCGUGGUUUACGUCGGAGAGAACCGGAGCCGAUACGUAAUCCCCAUUUCGUGGCUGAGCCACCCGGAGUUCCAGUCCUUGCUCCACAGAGCGGCGGAGGAGUUCGGCUUCAGCCACGAUAUGGGCCUCACUAUCCCCUGCGACGAACACGAUUUCUGCUCCGUCGUCUCCAUCAUCAGAUCAUGAUGAUGAUCCAACAUCUAUAUAUCUAGCUUCUUCAAUUCUCUAAGCUAGAUAGCUAGGAUUAUCAUAUCAUUGCGACGACGACGACAGGGAGACCAUGAAUAUAUAUGGCGAUAAACGGCGGCCAUUAUAUAUGACAAAUUAAGGGAUGAAGAUCGAUGAGAGGUGGAUAUAUAUAUAUGGUCUUCUAAUUAAUUUUUUGUUAAUUAACCCCCCAUUAAUUGGGGCCGACCGAUCGGAAAAUUUGUAUAUUUCUCUAUCUCUGUAUGUUAUCUCUUAUGUUGUACCGAUUAAGGAUGUUUUCAAUCAGUGGUGUGGCUGUCUUGCACCCGUCGAAAAUUCCUUACCUUUCUCACCUCCUACUUUUAUCAAUCCUACUAAUUCUCAUCUCUCUCCUUUUUCA